AGAAAAGAGAUGUGUUUAUUUCCGCGUGGGAGGGUAGUUUGGGAACUUGACAAAACCAGGUGUAUUCUCAGGAGGGGAAACACUGUAGAGUGUACCGCUUCCGCUGAAACCCUGAUUUCUUAAUUUUGUGCCCUUCCAGCUUCCACAGCGUAUAAACAUCUCGCCGAUACCAAAUUCCCAGAAGGCGCUAUGGAGUGUUAGCCACACAUAUAAGAAUCCAGUUUCUAGAUACACAUUUCUUUAAUCGCACAGGUGAGGCAGUUGAAUUUGAAGAAUUGAGAUGUCUUUGCAUCUGGGUAACCUAUCAACCCGCGUUAGUAGAAACGAGCUUGAACGUGUUUUCCGAAGGUUCGGGCCUUGCAAUAUACAAGUGAAAGAUAAAUUUGGAUUUGUAGUGUAUGAUAUUACUGCAGAUGCUGAGAAGGCUCUCAGAACACUUAGAGGAAAGAACAUUUGUGGUGAACCAGUAACUCUUUCGUGGUCCAAUAGACAGCCUAGACCGUUGGGAAGUAACAGAAGAAUUGGCAGAACUCACGAGUCACAAACUGGAAGGAGACAUGCAAAAGAAAAAUAUGGUGAUCAAAGAUUGGGUUUGGGUGAUCGACGAAAUUACAAAAGUACUGACAAGCAAACAGAUGUUGGUGAUAGAAGGCACAAGUCUGUUGACAUGGGUAAUGAAGCAAGCUACUCCAAAGAUAAUGUUGAAGUUUACAAUAGGCAAAAAGAACAUAUUGUUGGGGAUAUAUUGCCUUUUGAAGGUACAAGUAUGGAACCAAUACCAUUGGACCGUGAAAGCGAGCAAUUUGGGCAUCAAUUAAAUGAUAACAGGCUGGAUUUUGAACGUUAUGACCCUAAUAAUGCUGACAGCAAAAGGGAUGAUAAAGAUGAUCUCCAUCAUAGAACAUUUUCAGGUGCUUCACCUACCAUGAAAAAGUCUGAAGAGAAGAAAGGGACUGAGCAAACCUGCGACACAGCUUUAAAGCACCCCGAUAAUCCAAAAUCCUUACCAACUUGCUUCAAUUGCGGAAAGUUGGGUCAUAAAAGGCUGAACUGUCCCAUAGGAGAGGUUGCUAAUAGGAAUUUGACGAGCAGAAAAAACCGCAGGCAUGACGAUAAGUUCUAUCACAGAGGUAAAGGUGAAGAGGAGCUGAGAAGGCAAAGAUACAUAUCCGAGAAUGUUUUGCAGAGAAUUAGAAGUUCUGUACCAGUAAGAAAGCACUGGAAUGAGAGGAGGGAAUCCAAUUACAGUAAGCAUCAGGCGGUAAGAAGUGAUAGAAGUUCUCCUCUAGCAAUGGAAACUCAUAGAUCUGGAAGAGUGGAACACCAGGAAGGGAGGGAAGAACACCAGGAUGGAAAAAGAAGGCGAAUGGAAAGGCAAAGUCCAGUUAGACAUCAAGCAAAGAAAGCGAAAGUUGCAGAAUCGUCUCCAAUCCAUUCUGACUAUACUGCAUGUAGAUCCAGGUCACAAUCGAAAUCUGUAUCCAGGUUUAGUUCACAGUCAGGAUUGCCGUUAAGCAAGUCAAGAUCUUCGUCUUCUAAUACAACAUCACACUGCUCUAAGUUUGGAAAUCAUAAGACGACUUUAAAAUCAAGAACAAGUUCCCCUGCCUCAUUGUCUUCUCCUGUAUCUCUGGGUCAGGCCUUGCCAUCUUUAAAGGAAUUACAAAUAAAUGAGAAAAUGUCAUUGGUGAAUUCUGCGAUACACGAGACAGAGGGGGAUGAAAGGGGACAACUAGAAGGUCACGCAGGAUCGUGCGACUUUAAUCUUUGCAAUGCAAGUGGUUCCGGAGAGAACUCAAAUGCAGUCCAGUCUGUCCAAGUGGACAAAGAUGAGGGUAUGGACAAAACUAUUUUGGAUAAAAGAGAUGGUGACCAUGCUAUAAUAAAGGAUGCACAAAAAGUGGAUAAUUCGUCAGCUAUGGGGUUAGAUGAAGACCCUCUUAUUGCAGGGAAUUUGUCCACACAAGAUUUAUGUGUUGAUCUUGAUCAUCCGUCUCUAUCGACAGAUAAUCUGCAUUUGGAAGUCGCUGUUGGAUCUCACUCCUCAUCAAGCAUAACAGCAGAGGAGAUGAAUAUGGCUCUUAAAUUUUAUGGCCUGGAGCAGCCGGAAGAACAUGUACCAGUGGAUGUUUUUUUUGGUUCUGCCCGUUUGUGGCCUUGGGAGAUCAUCUUUUAUAGAAGACUUAAAAAGGGACUUAUUUCAGAUGAGAAUUAUGCACGAAGGCGUUCUCAGAAUGAUGAGUUCGGUAUUGUUGAUAAGUACAUUAGGAGUAGUAGUGGAUGGGGUGAUUUAAGUAAAAAUAGUUCGUAGAUACUUUUCAAAGCAUCUCAGUUCUAUCUAUCUGAUUAUAAAAGAAAUGACUCAGAUUAUAUUGCUACUUGUACGUUUGGAGUUUAUAUUUCCAA